AUGUUCAAGCGCGACAAGCCGCACAUGAACAUCGGCACCAUUGGCCAUGUAGACCACGGGAAGACGACGCUGACGAGCGCCAUCACCAAGGUCCUGGCCAAGCAGAAGCUGGCGAAGGUAAAGGAGUACGACGAGAUUGACAACGCCCCCGAGGAGAAGAAGCGCGGCAUCACCAUCAACACGGCUCACGUCGAGUACGAGACGAAGAAGCGCCACUACGCGCACAUGGACUGCCCCGGCCACGCCGACUACAUCAAGAACAUGAUCACCGGGGCGAAUCAGAUGGAGGCGGCCAUUCUCGUCGUCGCCGCCACCGACGGCGCCAUGCCCCAGACCCGAGAGCACCUCACCCUCGCCCGCCAAAUCGGCAUCGAGGACAUCGCCGUCUUCGUCAACAAAGUGGACGCCGCCGACGAGGAGAUGGUCGAGCUGGUGGAGAUGGAGAUCCGCGAGCUGCUGACCGAGCUCGGCUACGACGGCGACGCCGUCCCGUUCAUCAAGGGCUCCGCCCUGGCCGCCAUGGAGGAGAAGCGCCCGGAGAUCGGCGAGCAGGCCAUCCUCAAGCUGAUGGAGACGGUGGACACGGCCUUCGCCGACCCGAAACGCGACGUCGACCUGCCCUUCCUGAUGCCCGUCGAGCACGUCUACUCGAUCCAGGGCCGCGGAACGGUGGUCACGGGGCGGCUGGAGAAGGGCACCGUAAAGAAGAACACCGAGUGCGAGGUAAUUGGCUACGGGCGCCAGCACAAAUCCGUCAUCACCGGCAUUGAGAUGUUCAAGAAGACGCUGGAGGAGUCGCAGGCGGGCGACAACCUGGGCGCCCUCCUUCGAGGCGUCAAGCGCGACCAGAUCCGCCGCGGCAUGGCCAUCGUCAAGCCAGGGGCGUACCGCCAGGUGGACAACGUCCAGACGGCGAUUUACAUGCUGAAGAAGGAGGAGGGCGGAAAGCGACUGCCCUUCAUGAGCGGCCUGCGCGCCCACUGCUUCAGCAAGACCUGGGACUGCCCGGUGGAGGUCAAUGUCGUGGGCAAGGACAUGAUCAUGCCCGGCGAGGACGCCAAGGUGGUGCUCAAGGUAAUGCGCCCGAUGGUGAUGGAGAAGGGCAGCCGCUUCACCAUCCGCGACCAGAAGCAGACCAUCAUGACCGGCGUGGUCACCGAGCUGCUGCCCGACCUGACCGCGGAGGAGCGCGCCAAGCUGGAAAAGGGCCGCACUCGAAAGGAGCGCGAGGAGAUGGAGAAGCGCCUGGCGGAGAUUGAGGAGGGCUUCGCCGCCGAGGAGGAGAAGAAGAAUGCCUGA